AACUAGAAUAUUAAUAAAGAUGUGGAAUAAUGGCAAACAACUUUUUGCGUAUAAUAGGCACGGUUAUCAGCUGUUUCAGGGUACUGGAACUGUAAAGGAGAGAAAGCUUUCAAUAAAUACGGUACUUGGUCAGCAGGACCAUUCGGCUUUAAUAGACAAGACCCCUCCACGAAAUGAUGCAAAAUGGCAGGAAGCGAAACCUUAUAAUGAAAUGCCUGGACCUAGUAAUUGGCGGUUGCUAUCGUUCUUCUUGCCAGGCGGUGAGCUCCAUAAUACGAAUCUCAUUCAAAUGAAUCGUCGUUUGCGGGAGUUGUAUGGAGACAUCUAUCGCUUUCCUGGCAUGAUGGGCAAAGCGGAUGUGGUUUUCACCUACAAUCCGGAAGACUUUGAGGUGACCUACCGCAACGAAGGCAUUUGGCCCAUACGCAUUGGUCUUGAGAGUUUUAGUUAUUAUCGCAAAGUGCAACGUCCUGAUAUAUUUAAUGGCAUAGGUGGACUUGUUUCAGAACAGGGCAAGGACUGGGCAGAUAUACGAAAUAAAGUCAAUCCGGUUCUCAUGAAGGUGCAAAAUGUUAGACAAAAUCUAGCUCAACUUGAUCUAAUUGCCAAGGAGUUUAUAGACAAAUUGGAGACCCUAAGGCAUCCUAAGACCCAUACCCUCCAGGCUGAGUUCCAUGAUCAGUUGAAAAUGUGGGCUUUUGAAUCGAUUAGUUUUGUGGCACUCAAUACACGCAUGGGUUUGCUAAGCGAUCAGCCUGAUCCGAAUGCUGCCCGUUUGGCUAAGCAUAUGACGGAAUUUUUCAAUUAUAGUUUCAAGUACGAUGUCCAACCAUCGAUAUGGCCGUAUUACAAGACUCCCGGGUUUAAGCGUUUUCUCAAGACCUAUGACAACAUUACAGAGAUCACAACCAACUAUAUUGAGGCAGCCAUUCAACGUUUCGAUGCCACUGGUAAUGGUAAGAAUAAGUGUGUCUUGGAGCAGCUAUUGGGCCUAAACAAACAGGUGGCUAUGGUCAUGGUCAUGGAUAUGCUAAUGGCAGGCUUAGAUACGACCUCAUCGGCAUUUAUAACCAUACUCUAUCAUUUGUCGCGUAAUCCCUUGAAACAAGAGCUUCUUCAAGAAGAAUUGCAGCGCAUUCUGCCCCAUCCCAAUGAUCCACUGACCGAGGAGAAUACCAAGAAUAUGCCUUAUCUCAGGGCCUGCAUCAAGGAGGGACUACGUAUAACUUCAAUAACACCUGGAAAUUUUCGCAUUACCACCAAGGAUCUGAUACUUUCUGGCUAUCGUGUGCCUCGUGGCACUGGUGUACUUAUGGGUGUGCUAGAGCUCUCCAACAGCGAUGAGUAUUUCCCCCAUAGUGCGGUAUUUCUACCCGAACGUUGGCUUAAAGCUGCCCCACCCGAUCAACCGGAUGUUCAAGCCUGUCCAGAAGCUCGCUCCCGUAAUCCCUUUAUAUAUUUACCCUUUGGCUUUGGACCACGUACCUGUAUUGGUAAGCGGAUAGCCGAAUUGGAAAUAGAAACCUUGCUAAUUCGUCUACUACGUUGCUACAAAGUCAGUUGGCUGGCUGAGGAACCACUGCAAUACGAGAGCACAAUCAUAUUGGCCCCUUGCGGGGAUAUACGUUUUAAGUUUGAACCCAUUGCAACAACUUUGUGAUAACAAAAAUCAAGAUAUUUAUAUAUAGAAA